AUGCUAGCCUCCGGACCCGCGGGCACAAGUAUGCUAGGCGAGCGGAGUACUAGUAUCGACGCCGCUGGGCGGACGGGUCUAGAGCGACAAGCUCGUGAACGUGAAAGUCGCGAAGAAGACGCUUUUGGAAAUUUGAAUGAGGAUGGUUUGCCACAGACACAAACACAAACGCAAGCGCAAAAAGCGCGGCAUAAGGACUCGGGGAAGCAGGGACAAGCACAAGCACAAGCGCAGGGUCAACAGCUACAGUUUCAGAAUGAGAGUGCGGAGGGUGAUUAUAGUGAUGGGCCGAUUCAUUCGCGGCUGGAGAGGGAUGGGGAUGGUAAGAAGAGGGGGAUUUGGGGGAGAAUUGCGAGGAAGUUGACGGGUGUUUGA